CCAAUUGAUGUCUCAAUAAAUCGUUUGAAUCAUACUUCCCAGAUUAAUCCAGAGUUGAGUUCAGUCCAAUUCGUUUAGCCUCUGAGUCACCGGCUCUCUCUCGCCGUCGCUACCACCGCCGGGGAGCGUUCGGAGCUUCUUCUCUCCCUCAGUUUCUCCCCAACCCAUUGCUUACAACAGACCCACCUUGGUUCCCACUACAAACCCUGAAAAAUGUCCGGCGGGUUUUUCCGGGGUACGACUGCGGACCAAGACACUCGUUUUUCAAACAAGCAAGCAAAGCUGCUGAAGUCACAGAAGUUCCCUGCUGAACUAGACCAACUGGUUGAUACGACAAAGGUGAAGAUGGACGUUAUCAGGCCGUGGAUUGCUACGAGGGCGACUGAGCUUCUUGGGUUUGAAGAUGAAGUUCUUAUUAACUUCAUAUAUGGCCUUUUGGAUAGCAAGGAAGUAAAUGGGAAGGAAGUUCAAAUACAACUCACUGGGUUCAUGGAAAAGAACACUGUGAAGUUUAUGAAAGAGCUUUGGACACUACUUCUAAGUGCCCAGAAGAACGCCAGUGGUGUACCUCAACAAUUUUUGGAUGCCAAGGAAGAAGAAAUUAGGAAGAAGAAGGCAGAGACAGAUUUUCUUGCAAAUGAAAUUCAGAAAAAGAGAGAGAAGGAACAUAAAGAAAUUGAGGAGCAGAGAUCAAAGAAUAUGGACGAUGGGGCUGAAAAGGUGGCCGAUUUUGUAUUGGAGCCUACGUCAAUGAAUCGUUCAGAGGACGAGGAAGAGGCUGAAAAGAGUAAUGGUGUUAGGGGAAGAAGCAGUGAUGGACACAAGUCAAGGAGCAUGUCUCGAUCACCUCAACGGCUACGAGACUCCUUUUCGCAAGAAAGAUUAUCUAUUAGCCCACGUCGUAGGGACCAUCGUGAUUCAUCCUCUCCUCGACAUAGAUCAUCUGAUUCAAGAAGGUCUAGAUCUACUUCACAUCGUAAAUCUCUUUCUCCAGUAGUGCAUCAGUUGCGGUCUCCUUCUCAACAUAGUUCACCAUCUCCUCAUUGUAAAUCACCACAUCAACUAUCUUCGUCUGGGCAACGUCGAUCAUCGUCACCUGCACAACGAAGGUCACCAUCACUUGAUAAGCAUAAUAGAUCACCAUCACCAUCUGAGCAUUGCAGGUCACUAUCACCAAUUAGACACAGUCGUUUGCCUUCACCUGCUCGACGUCGUAGAUCACCAUCUCCUGAAUGGCGUCGUAGAUCACCAUCUCCUGAAUGGCGUCGUAGAUCACCAUCUCCUGAAUGGCGUCGUAGAUCACCAUCACCAAAAUGGAGUCGUAGGUCACCAUCACCAAGACGACGUCGUAGGUCACCAUCACCAAGACGACGUCGUAGGUCUCCAUCACCAAGACGACGUCGUAGGUCUCCAUCACCAAGACGGCGUCACAGGUCUCCAUCACCUGUACGACGCCAAAGGUCACCAACUCCUGUACGACGCCGAAGGUCACCAACUCCUGUACGACGUCGAAGGUCACCAACUCCUGUACGACGUCGAUGGUCACCAUCUCCAAUACGAAGUCGAAGGUCACCAUCGUCGCCGCGUCAUUACAGGUCACCAUCUCCACACCGUCGCAAAUCACCUUCCCUUGUGCGUCGUCAUAGAUCGCCAUCUCCAGCACACUACCGGAGAUCGCCCUCACCUAUUAAACGCCACCCAUCUCGUUCUCCAAGGCAACGCUCUAUGUCACCUUCAUCCUCACCAAUACAGAAAUGGGAUAGGCCAUCACCACAUGAUCAUCACAUAACACCCUCUCCUCUAGAACGUAGAUCUCCAUCAUCUCCAGCACGUCUCAAGAGAUCAAGCCUUUCUCAACAUAGAUCCAUUUCACCAUAUGAUCGGAGUUAUUCAUCAAAGGAGCGGGGAAACCGAUCGCCUGUCAAAGUAAAAUCUCCCAGGGUCAGAACCAGUGAUGAAAAAAGCUACUCACGCCGAGGUAAAGCCAAGGAAACUGAGGCUCGGACUGUCGAAAAUAAUAAUAACCGGCGCGAGGUCUCAGAUUCUGAUAUGGAGGAAGGCUAUAAGCAUAAAACCAGAAGUAAGGGUAGGAAAAGACACAGAAGAUCAGACAAGAGUGACACUUCUUCGGAGAGAAGACAUAGAAGAUCAGACAGGAGUGACACUUCUUUAGAGAGAAGACACAGAAGAUCAGACAGGCGCGACACUUCUUCGGAAGACAGCUAUGAUAGUGAAUUGGAGAGGAAGGAGGCCCGGAGAAGGAAGGAGGAGGAGAGGAGGUGUUGGAAGGAGAAGAAGCGACAAAGACGUGAAGAGCAUCGACGUAAAAAGGAAAAGCGGCGUGCUGAGAAGACGAAAGCUAAGACUUUCAGUUAUGAUUGCUCGGAAGAGUGUUGUCCGAGUGAUAGUGCGUAUGAGGCCGAGCAGAGAAGGUUAGAGGUCGAGUUGAGGAAUAAGGCACUGGAAGCAUUCAAUGCAAGGAAAGGGAGAAGGCAUAAUAGAUCUUCAGAAUAGUCUUGUCCUUCCACAUAAAAGGUAUUGAUAAAUGGUGAUUUCUUUGAUGUUCAUUUGAAUGCAAACUCAGCACAGAGCUUGUUUUGGAGUUCUUUUAGAAUGGCAGCCUUACCUUAGCUACUUACAGAAAUCUUAUCGAAUCUUUAACUCAA